UCUAGGAAACGGGCAAAGGCCGUCUCCACCCUUCCUCCGCUUUGCCGGUCCUUGCAGGGUUAUGGCGGUCCGGGCCAGCUUCGAGAACAACAACGAGAUCGGCUGCUUCUCCAAGCUCACCAAUGCCUAUUGCCUGGUGGCCAUCGGAGGCUCUGAGGGCUUCUACAGUGUGUUUGAAGGGGAGCUUUCUGAUACCAUCCCUGUAGUCCAUGCUUCUAUUGCUGGAUGCCGGAUAAUUGGCAGAAUGUGUGUGGGAAACAGGCAUGGGUUACUAGUCCCAAACAAUACCACAGACCAAGAGCUUCAGCACAUACGAAACUGCCUUCCUGACUCAGUGCGAAUCCAGCGCGUGGAAGAGCGUCUGUCCGCUUUGGGCAAUGUCACUACAUGCAAUGACUAUGUUGCACUUGUUCAUCCAGACAUUGACAGAGAGACAGAAGAGAUUUUAGCAGAUGUACUAAAAGUGGAAGUAUUCAGACAGACAGUAGCAGACCAAGUGCUGGUGGGAAGUUAUUGUGCGUUUAGUAACCAGGGAGGGCUGGUGCACCCCAAGACAUCCAUUGAAGACCAGGAUGAGCUCUCCUCAUUGUUACAAGUCCCACUUGUGGCUGGGACUGUUAACCGUGGCAGUGAGGUGAUUGCAGCUGGAAUGGUUGUGAACGACUGGUGUGCCUUUUGUGGUUUGGACACAACCAGCACAGAGUUAUCUGUCAUUGAGAGUGUCUUCAAACUCAAUCAAUCACAGCCAAGUGCUAUUGCUACCACUAUGAGAGAGUCUUUGAUUGACAGCUUGACAUGAUGUUCUCCCUGGCUGCUGCAGAAGCCAGUUUAUGAUAUUGACUGUGCCCUGAAGUAAAUGCUUUGUUUAGUACUCCUGCUGUCCUGGAACAGAAAGGCUACAUCACAAUCAACGUUUCAAAACGGCAAUGUUAUAAACUCCCUUUGGCAAACAA